AUGGCGAAAAGAGUGCCCGUGGAGCAGCAGGAGUCUGCGACCGACAGCCCCGAUGAGUUCCCUGUCCUCAUUAAGACUGGGGAAGGCAAAGCAUUUUCAAUGCUGGUGUCUCUCGAUGACACUGUGAGGGACCUUAAGGCCAAGCUGAGCGUGCAGGACUCCUCAGUGAGCCCCGAAGAGAGAAGGCUGAUCUACUGUGGUCGACAAAUGGAGGACGAACAGACUCUGCAACACUAUAAAAUCACACCCUACUCUACUUUGCACCAGUGCGAGGUGGUGGUGGUUACAUCCCUGAAUACGAAGGCAGAGGAGUUGCCAGUCAAUGACUUUUCUGGUCGCUUCGCUGAUGAGAGUGGUGCCUUUCUGGGUGCCAAACAGGAGCUGCUGAUCCCCUGCUGCUGCUUGCGAGGCUCCAAGCUCCCACGCCAUGCUGCAUCGCGCUUCCCUGUAAAUGCCAGCACUACCCCUGCAAGAGCUCAUCUCCCCGAAGCAGGCACCUUCCAGUGCUCCAUCACAGGCCUCAGCUUCAAGGUGAAGUCGGCAGUGAUCAUCACCUACAAAUACUCCAGCUGGACCAAGUACCUGAGCAAGGGUCACCAGGAAAUGUGGGUGCCCGCCGGACCCCUCUUCCACAUCCAGGUGCAGCCUGGGGUCGUGGAGGCAGUGCAUCUCCCCCACUUCGUCUGCCUGGCAGAAGGUGUAGAUUCCAGCCUGUGCUCCAUUGCCCAUUUUACAUCUGGGAAGAUGACCCUGGAGAGACCGACCAGACUGAUGGCUUUCUCUGCUGUCCUGGAGAAUCCCAGCUUCUCCCUGCUUGGGGUGCUUUGGAGGAAGAUACGUUCGGCUUUAAAUUCACUCCCUGUGCACUCCGUGGUGUUGAUCUUCCAGCAGCUCAACGCUGCAAAUACAACUCUUCACCUCUACCUGAUCCCAGAUGACAAUUCUGUGAAGCAGGAACAGUUGCCAUUUUGCUACAAGAGUCCUAAGGAACAGCAGCUCUUUUUUGAGAUCUACAUCAGGAACAUGGCAGAGGAAAUUGGGCUGCGUAUGACAGACACACGCAAUGACACCGAGGUCUGGAGGGCAUCACUGAGAUCAGGUGAUAUUAACAUUCCUGCCCGCGCCUCCAAGACCUCGUCAGGGGCAGCCUUCAUGAAGAAGCACAGGACCAAGCUUUGCUUGAGGAUGGGGCAGCUUUCCACCAUUCUGCUACACUUACGGGAUGCAAACGUCAUCAGCAGCAAUGAGGAAGAGGAGGUGCGAGGUCAAGGUACGAGUGAAAGGAAGAACCAAUUUUUGCUGGACCUAGUCGAGAGGAAAGGGCAGGAGGCCCAGGAGCAGCUCUACCGGAUUCUUGAGAAGUAUAACCCAUACCUCAUCACAGACCUGGAGAAGAGCAACUAG